AUGCUUUUCUAUGAAGAUGUUGCAUAUUACAGAAUAAAAGUUUUUGUUAAAUUAUGUAGUUCUGAAGUGUUAUCAAGGAGCUCGCAUAGGUUAUUGCACAAGACUGCAGCGACCUUCAACAUAUUAAUGAACGUUUCGUCUCAUGAACUUUCUAUAAAGCUUACAGAAAACAAAAAAGAUAAAAAUCACCUCUCACUUUACGAAACAACCUUCAGACAUUUCUUUUCAAAUCUUUUAUUUUUCGGAAAAGCACUCAUGAAUCGUUGUGGUUGCAAAGAAAUGAAAGUGAAUUGUCAGGUUAACUUUCAUCAGCUGGAAUGA